AGAAGUGAAGAGCAAAAGUGAAAAAUAGCGGUACUGAGAUGUGUGUAAAUGAUGAGGCAACUAUAGUUUUCUUAAAAAUUUUUGAAUCUAUGUAAUUAUUUUUCUUUUGUACAAGUUGAAUAUUCAAUAAUGACUUGCUACCGCAAAAAGGAUGGUGGUCCGAAUGUGAAGUUUUAUGAAUCACCUGAAACAAUUACACAGUUUGACACCGUUCGACAAUGGCUCCAGAAAAAUUGCAAAAAGUAUAUUCAAGCAGAUCCUCCUACUGCAAAGGGGCUAGCAGCUCUUGUAAAUCAACUUGUUCAGUUCCAAGAAGAAGCAUUUGGGCGUAAUGUCAGUAAACCACCUCUGACAAGACUUCCUAUGAAAUGUUUCCUUGAUUUUCGACCUAGUGGAGCAUUGUGCCAUAUUCUGGCAUCUGUUUACAAGUUUAAAAGUGAACAAGGGUGGAGGCGAUUUGAUUUUCAAUCUCCAUCUCGAAUGGAUCGAAAUGUAGAGAUGUUUAUGACCAUUGAAAAAACAUUAGUACAGAAUAAAUGCUUAACACUUCCAAACAUUUUUAUUAUGCCUGAGGUAGAAAAACAACUGGUUCCACGUUUGAAAGAUAUCAUCAAGCGGCAUCAAGGCACCAUUGCGGAAAAUCCUGAUGAUGCUUCACAUUUAGUUCAUCCACCUCUGCCAACAACUGACGGACCUGAGGACUGGGUUCGUGUUGUCUUCAGAAGAGACAAAAGUGUCAUGCUGCACUGGUGGUUUUAUCCAGACAGCUAUGAUACAUGGGUCACUGCGCCUGAGAUUGAUCAAGAGCCAGAGUCACCAGAAGCACAAGAUGGACCAUAUGAAGUCAAUGCCAGAUGGCUUCUGGAUUUAGAUGAAUACAAUGAGUGGAUGAAUGUCGAUGAUUAUGAAGUAGAAAUGGAUGCUCUGGGAAGAAGAAGAUCGCCUCGAGGAAAGUACACAAUAGAAGAGCUUCUUGCUGGAGUUGAUGUAGAUAAGAAGGAUAAGAAAGCUGGGAAAAAAAGAAAGCGUUCUCCAUCUCCAGUUUCUGAGAAGCGCAAAAGGAAAGGAAGCAGUAGGAAUCCUACCAUAAUAACAAAAAAGAAAUCACUUCGUGGUGAUGAUGAAUCUGAUGAUUUAACAAAAGAUAUGGAAGAACCUUCUCCUGAACCAAAUGUCCAAGAAGUUCACAUUCCAAAAAAUACCAAUAAUCCAAGGAGUAGUAAAGAUAAUGAAUCUCAGCCUUUAAAAGGUGGCACAUUAUUGGAAUUAGAUGGAAAUGAAACUGACGAUAAGGGAGAUAAAGAUGAAAAGAGUAAAACGUCUCGCCCUGGUUCUCCAAAUAGUCAGAGCCGUGAUAAACCUCCUGAAGACAAUCAAGAUGACAAUGUGACUGAGCAAGCCAAUCAUAUUAUCAUCCCCAGUUAUGCAGCUUGGUUUGAUUACAACAGUGUUCAUGCUAUUGAAAGAAGAGGGCUUCCUGAGUUUUUUAACUUGAAGAACAAAUCUAAAACUCCAGAAGUGUAUAUUGCAUACCGAAAUUUUAUGAUUGAUACCUACCGGUUAAAUCCUACAGAAUAUCUCACAGUUACAGCAUGUCGACGGAAUUUAGCUGGAGAUGUAUGUGCAAUUAUGAGGGUUCAUGCAUUUCUAGAACAGUGGGGUCUCAUAAAUUACCAAGUGGAUGCUGACAGCAGACCAACGCCUAUGGGACCUCCAUCAACAUCUCAUUUCCAUGUCUUGGCAGAUACACCAUCAGGCCUACAGCCACUGAAUCCACCUCGAACUCAACAGCCAUCAGCUGCGCAGCAAAUGCUUAAUUUAGAUAAAGGUAAAGAAAAUGCAGAAACUAAAACUGAAGAGGGAACUGCAAAACCAGCAGUAAAUGACAACUUUGGUCUUCGCUUAGACCAGUAUGCAAAGAAAAAUGCCUACAUGAAAAAUAAAGCAGCUGCCACUGUAUCAAGGGAGUGGACGGAGCAAGAAACCCUCCUGUUAUUAGAAGCAUUAGAAAUGUAUAAAGAUGACUGGAACAAAGUAUGUGAACAUGUUGGUAGCCGAACUCAAGAUGAAUGCAUUUUACAUUUCUUGAGGUUACCUAUUGAGGAUCCGUACCUUGAUGAUCCAGGUGCUGGAGGAGGAGCUCUUGGACCGUUGGCAUUUCAACCUAUUCCAUUUUCAAAAUCUGGCAAUCCCAUUAUGUCAACUGUAUCAUUUUUGGCAUCUGUUGUAGAUCCCCGAAUAGCAGCAGCUGCGGCACAGGCUGCUAUGGAGGAAUUUGCAAAAAUUAAAGAUGAAGUUCCAUCUGCUCUUCUUGAUGCCCACAUUAAAAAUGUAGAAGCUGCUGCAGCAGAUGGCAAUACUGAUCCAAAAUCGGGAUUAGAUAUGACUGGCAUUGCUGGCACAUUGGACAGAGACGAAGGAGGAGAAGGGGCUGACAAAGAAAAAAAAGACACAAGUCAAACAAGCCAAACACAGCAAGGAACAACUUCUUUACCUGCUAAUGUGGAAGUGAAAGUCGAAAAUGUUGAAAAAACUGAACCCAUGGAUGUUGAUCAGUCUUCUCAGGAAAAGUCUGAAAUCUCUGCUGAUAACAAACCUUUGCCUGCAAAUACUGAAUCCUCUGAGGUAACAGAUCAGUCAGAGAACACAGAAGCAAAUGCAGAUAAAUCUGGAACAGACAGCCAACAGGAAUCUUCUGAUGCAGUUCCACCAAAACCAGCUGAAACAGAGCAAGAACGAGUCUUAAAGGAUGCUCAGCUCUCUACAGCGGCUGCUGCAGCUUUAGGAGCUGCAGCUGUAAAAGCUAAACAUCUGGCUGCUGUGGAGGAAAGGAAAAUCAAAUCUCUUGUAGCUUUAUUGGUUGAAACACAGAUGAAAAAAUUAGAAAUUAAAUUACGUCAUUUUGAAGAAUUGGAAGCAAUCAUGGAUCGAGAGCGAGAAACUCUUGAAUAUCAACGACAGCAGUUAAUUCAAGAAAGACAGCAGUUUCAUAUGGAGCAGUUGAGAGCUGCUGAAUUUCGUGCACGGCAGCAAGCUCAUGCAAUGCUGAUAACUCAGUCUGGUGGAAGUGGAGAACAAGGUCGGGAUUCACCAUCACUUCCAGGUCAGUGUUCUUCUCAGCAGUCUCGCUCGACGUAUCCCACUUCGAAGUCUCCUGGUUCAAAUGCUGGUUCUCUUAGUCAUCAGUCCGUUGCAUCCCCUUCGAUAGCAUCUCCGCAUGCCGUCCCUGUCCCUGUAGCUGCUACAACACCUCAGCCCAGUCCAAGUCCUGUUCCACCUUCUCCAUCACCUGCGGCUCCAACUUUGCAUCCACCUUCCCAGCCUUCACCUCAUCCUUCUCCUGCACCUCCUAUACCUUCACCUGGCCCACCUCAAAUUCCACCUACUAAUCAACAGAUGCCUAUGCAUACAUAUGUAGGACAGCAACCACCACCCCAACAGCAACAUCCGCCUGUUCAGCACACAUAUAUGCCAUCACACCCACCUGCAGGGCCUCCUCAAAGUAUGGGUAUGGCUCCUCAAAUGAUGACUCAUCAUAAUAGACCUCCACCGAUUCCUGGUCCUCAUUAUCCUCCAGCUGGAGCAUAUCCACCAAAUGGAUCAGUGAUGCCUCACGGUGGAUUACGACCUGUUGUUCCCGGUAUUAUGACUGCAGGUGGAAUGCCUAGUGGAGUACCUCGUCCUCAACAUGGUAUGCCUCCAAUACCAUCUGCACAACCUACACCAGGACAUGCUCAAGGUAUGGGUGCUGAACCUUCCAUGUCAAGUCCAAUGGUUGGUCCACCUCAGCCUCAAGGUGAACCUUGAAAAUGGUUCUGUGCUGAGAGCCAAGUGACUGGACCUGAUCCAAGUGAUUCAAGUAAUAGUAGCAGUAGCGAAACAAUGAACAUGGCUGCAUCUUCCAAUCAACCCUGAUGAAUUUUUGAAAAGUGGAAUCUGUUACGAACAUUUUUAUAAGAAAAAAUUUCAAGUCAUAAAGAAUCAUUUCACCUUUUCACAUCUUCUAUCAUCUUUAUGUAUUACUUCAUCAGUGGGUGUUUCUUUCAGCAAUAGAUAUUUGGUCAUUUUCUUGAAAAACUGUUUUAUUUUUUUUUUUUUUCUUUUGUGUCAAUUCAUGCAUUAGUGUAAUCAUUUCCUUCGGCAUUUUAAUAAUAAAAUAUAUUUUAAAUACAGGUAAAAA